UCGGGCCACACGAUGCGGUAUCACCGCAUGUGGUGGAAAAAUUUGCGGCAAUACCGGAUAGGUCAUGUUCAACCACACGAUGCGUUUUCGCCGGAUGCGGCAGACUAAAAUAAUUAUUUAUUUAUUUACAAAUUAUAGUUCCUAUUUAUGUCACUGGUAAGUAUGAUAGGUCAGUGUGAUAUUGGUUUUCGUCAAGUACAGUUGCAUGUUUUUACAGUUUAAUCAUGUGUGAUAAUUUACUUUUGAAUAUAAUAUGUGCUGCGGAAGCUGCCGGUGAACUAGAUGAACCAACUAUUCCUACUCCUAAAGUAAGGAAAUAUUGGGUUCAUCCAGUUCAUUCAAAAAUAGAAGGUGAAAAUUAUUUUUCUAUCUUUUAUGAAAAUAUUCGAAAAUUUCCCUUGAAGUUUUUCGAAUAUUUUCGUAUGUCAAUUACUUCAUUUGAUGAAUUGUUAAAAAUAUUGAGGCCUUAUUUGACAAAGCAGCAAACAAACAUGAGGAAUCCUAUCAGCGCAGAACUAAGACUAACAGUCACGAUAAGGUAAGAAAAACUAUAGAAAAACUAGAAUACUAUAAUAUUAAUUAGUG